GCCAGGGGACGAUAAAUAGCAAGUUAUUUUCACCGAAGAGAGCGUCGUGGAGAAUCUAUCGGCGACCGCCUCCUGCUGCUGCGGGUUGCUAGUACUAGAGGGGCUGGUGGGGAUACGAACACGACAGAAGCGGGGCCGAGGUCUCCGUUCUUUCCCUCCGGCUUCCUCCCUCUUCUCUCUCGUCUUCUUCCUUUCCUCUCUGUUUCUUUUUCUCUAUCUCGGGGAAUCCAGGAAAGAGGAAAACCCUGUCCUUCCUUUCCUCCCUUCCCUUGUCUCUCUAUCUCCAUAUCGGGUGAGGCGGGAAGAAGUAUAACUUUGUGGGGUGUCGAUUUCUUGCGAAGAACAGAUCGUCUCGUGCAGCGAUGGGUUACGAGGAUGAUCCGUAUCGUGAUGAAGAUGGAGAGCCUCUGAUGGAUCCUGACAUGCCUUCCGAUCGGGAGGAAUCGCUGGAGCCUGAAGAGGAUUGGCGGCAGGAACGAUCGCCAACACCCGUUCUUGAUUCCGGCGGGGAGGAGGAUGCUCCCAAGGCGAAGCCCAGGAAAAGGCUUAUUAAGAAAAGCACUGCUCAGAGUUCCGUCGGUUUUGAUGACGAGGCACCCUCGCCGGAUUACGGCGAGGGCUACUCGGGAAAAUCAAGGUGGAGUGACGACGUGGACGGCGAGCCACGGAAGAGGAAGAAAUUGAAGGAGGGUGAACAGCGGAAGGAGAAGAAGUUGAAGGCAGAGAAGAGAUUCGGGAAGAGCACGAGGUCGGGCGGUAAAGGUGGGUCCUCUGGGGGUUUCCACAGUCAUGGAGGCGAUUCGGAGAUGGUGAAAGAAAUGUGGGAGUCCAUAGCUGGAGCUGAUUCAGAAGAUGACCACGAGGGUGUAAGAACCAAAGAUGAUGAUGCAUUCAUUGAUGAUACUGGUGUAGAUCCUGCUGAUCGUUAUGGAAGUGAUGAUGAUGCUGGCUCUGCUGGAGAUGCUCCUCAGGCAGAAGAAGGGGAGGAAGACGAUGAAAUCAAACGACUGUUCAAGAUGGGCAAAAAGAAAAACAAGAAACAAGAAAGAACUGCUGAGGAAACUGCGAUGCUUGUGGAGCAGUUUAUGGCAAGACUUGAAGUCGCAGCUGAGGAGGAUGCAGAGUUAAACAGACAGGCCAAACCAGCUAUAAAUAAAUUGAAGAUGUUGCCAAUGUUAACUGAUGUUCUCUCAAAGAGACAACUGCAACAAGAGUUUUUAGAUCGUGGAGUACUGUCUGUUUUGAAGAAUUGGCUUGAACCUCUUCCCGAUGGGUGCUUGCCAAACAUAAAUGUUCGAACUGCUAUAUUGAAAGUCUUGACUGAUUUACCCAUUGAUGUUGAGCAGUAUGAUAGGAAGGAACAACUCAAAAGGAGUGGCUUGGGCAAGGUGAUCAUGUUCUUGUCAAGGUCUGAUGAGGAGACGACUUCCAACAGAAAACUUGCUCGUGAUUUAGUUGAUCAAUGGAGCCGGCCCAUAUUCCAAAAGAGCACUCGUUUCGAGGACAUGAAGCACUAUGAUGAUGAGAGAGCUCCCUACCGCAGGCCACCUGUAAAAAAGCCAAUUGCUAAGGUUGCAGGCCUUCAAUCUCGAGAUGACGAUCUUGAUAUAGCUGAUUUUUCACAGGAACCAAAAUCUAGCCAGUCAGCUCCCAGGUUGCAUGCUUCUAGGCCAGAAGCCUUACCUUUGGAUUUUGUGGUUCGGCCCCAAUCCAAGAUAGACCCAGAGGAGGUGAGGGCACGUGCUAGACAGUUGAAACAAGAUGAGCGGCGGAUGAAGAUGAACAAGAAGCUGCAACACCUGAAAGCCCCGAAAAGGAAGCAGCUGCAGGCGCAGAAGGUCAGUGUGGAGGGUCGUGGGCUUGUCAAGUUCUUCUAGGCAUAAGUUAAUUUCCAGUUGCAAAGAAUAAGGCCCCACCAGUGUGAAAUCCUCAAGACUUGUAUUGAAAACAUUCCUGCGCUUGAAGGGUGUUAACCAGGCGACCGAUUGCUUUUUCCUUCAGUUCAUAGUAAAUACUUAAUCAUGGAGUCUAUUGAGGAUAUUCUACAGGUAUGGCUCCCCACCAUACGCUCAUUUUGAGGGGCAAUCUCAUAAAGUGGUGGGGCUCUCUCUCUCCUUCCAGUCCCAAGCCUCUUGGCUGUACCAGAGGUCCAGAACUAUGAGAAGCCUUGUCAGUUGAGAGAUGUGGAGAAGCUGAAGGAAGAGCUCAAUCUGGUUCGUCUCCUGGCUGGAAGUAUUAUGCAAGCUUCGGCGUGCUGCAUCCAAAAAGAUACAAGCGUCGCUAUAUCUUAUUGAAUUUGAACCUUUGCAUAUUUAGUGGAUGCAACCAAUAUAUUUUGCUUGUUAGAACUCUGGCGAAAAUGUCUCUGUAUUGCACAAAUGCAGUUCUCAUGGAGCCACUCUUUGUUUUAUAUAUUGCUUUUUACUA